AGUGCACGUCGGGGAGUGUGGCAGUGGAAUCUUAAUGCAGUGCACGUCGGGGAGUGUGGCAGUGGAAUCUUAAUGCAGUGCACGUCGGGGAGCAGGACAAUGGGAGUGUCCUGCAGCGGUUGAUUUUUGUCGGAGAAGACUUUCAAUUGCUUUUUGAAAAAAAUAGUUAAAUAGUAGAGCAAUGUGGGAAACCUAAGUGACACGUUUGCUCUUUAAAGUGUCUCCCAGGCUCUGGUGUGGGAGUUAGCUGGCUGCGGUUUUUAUUUGAACAGCUUUCCUGAGCUGAGCCUUUGGGCCCGUUGAUUCCAGGGACUGUCAGUCCUGAUGCAGGCAGGGAUUGUUUGAGUCUUCUCACGAGAAGUCUUGAGACAACACUCUAACGCAGUACUGAGGAAGUGUCACGUUAUCAGGGAUUUCUUUCCAAUGAUGUUUAAUUUGGGACCCCAUUCUCUCCCUCAAUAAGAAUAAUGCGAGUUUGUUGGUUGGUGAGUAAAGAUGGGAGGCACCAACCAAUACGACUUGCGCACUUAGUCUGUGUUAUGAUUGGAAGAAGUCCUGAAACCAAAAUAACAGAUAAAAAAUGUUCACGGCAUCAAGUACAGCUGAAAGCAGAUUACAAUAAGGGAUAUGUUCUUGUAAAACAGUUGGGCAUAAAUCCAAGCAAUGUCAAUUCUGAAGACUUGAAAAGAGAUCAAGAGGUGAAAUUAAAACCAGGACAGGACCUUUACGUUGUCAAUCAGCUCUACCCCUACACCAUAAGGUUUGAAGAAGGGACAUCAGACGGGGAUGCGUUGUCACUAAAGAGGACGUAUGAAGAGAUUUCUCCAAACAGUGGCUCCAGUGUGUCAAAUAAACAUCUGAAGACUGCGGACUCCAAUCCAAGGCAGUAUCACACAUUUAAUUCUGAGUCUGAAGCGAAGAAAGAGAAGACCAAAGAUGGGUGUAAGGCAGAAAAUAGCAGUGACUCCGUGACUCCGGUGAACUCUUCUGACGCCUCGGGAAGAAAAGAUUUUCAAGGAAUGUGGAGCCAGGGGCUAAAGAUCUCCAUGCAGGAUCCCAAAAUGCAGGUGUAUAAAGAUGAUAAAGUUGUUGUAAUUAAGGACAAAUAUCCAAAGGCCCGAUUUCAUUGGCUGGUUUUGCCAUGGGAAUCUAUCUCCAAUCUGAAGGUUGUGAGGAGGGAUCACUCAACUCUACUUCAACACAUGCACCAAGUUGGCCAAAAGCUGGUGCAAGAAUGUCUGGAUACUGACACAUUGAAAUUUCGGCUGGGUUACCACGCUAUUCCCAGCAUGAGCCACAUUCACCUUCACGUGAUCAGCCAAGACUUUGAUUCACCUUGCUUGAAAACGAAAAAGCAUUGGAAUUCAUUUAAUACAGAUUAUUUCCUGGAAUCAGAAGGUAGGUUGGACAUCCACUUGCAUCCUUGGCUUUCAAACAUUUCUGCACUGAGUGGACUCCCAGUGCAUCAGAUGUGACCCAAAUGGUAGCACACUUACCACUCAGUAAGAAGGUUCAGGGCUCAAGUCUUCAGGACAUGAACGCAAAAAUCAAGACUGAUAAUCCCAGUCCAGUAUUGAGGAAGUACUGCAUUGUUACAGCUAACAUCUUUUAAGCCAUGUCUUUCCUCUUGGGUGGAUAUAAUACAUGUUUCCUCACAGUAGGUCACAACAUUGCUCCCAUACUUAAUCCCAAUCCCACAAAUGAACGGUCACAGCUAUUAUCAGGCAUGAAAAUGGGAUUACAAAUGGUAAGAAAGUUUGGGAACCACUGAUGUAUAAAAGAUCUCUGCACUAUUUUGAAAAAGUGCAAGAGUUGUUCUGGUUAUUCUGGCCAAUAUU